UUGAUAUAUUAUUCCCUCGAAAAGUGAAUAAAAAUUUGAUGUGAAGAUAUUUUGAUAAAUUCUCAGUUUAGGUAAAACAAAAACAUGGCUCGUCGCAAAAACAAAGAACAAAUGCUGAAAGAAAUGUUUAAGCGGCCGCAAAAAGCGGAUCGCCCGUCGCUGGAAGAUCAGAAAAAUCUGAAUCUGAAACGAAAGACAAUGAAUCCGGCGGCAGCGGCCAAAAGAUACAGCCUUCCUCGAACUUUAAAGAGAAGUGUCAUCCGUCAGAUUUGCAGAUUGCCACCGGAAGCCUGCAGUCAGAAUACGGAAGCGCAGGUGAAGUACUUUAAUUCGAACUACGGAAGGAAUAAGAACGCCAAUCUCAGCCGACCCGAUUGUCAUAAGCCUACUUGUCCCCAAAUUCUCAGUUCCAUAAAAGCCAAGGAAAAUCUGCGAAUGAGUCCUGCAUCGCGGCAGAGAUCGCAAAAAACGAAGAAAAACUAAGUCUUUGGAUCUGUCUUUGACAAGGAUUCCAUGAUUAUGCGGUCCAGGACUUUUGUAUUCAUCGCCAAGUCCUGUGAAUAUACAAUACUACAUGUACACAAAAGCCUUGUGAUUAUAUAAUUUGAUAAAUGCACCUUUUCCGAUUUCGUUUCAAUAGAAA